AUGGCCAGCAGCAUGAAGCUAUCUAGUCUGCCUAUCCUCCUGGUCCUCAUCAGAUGCCUCAGCCUUCAAAGCCCGGCCACCGGCAGCCAGGACCAAGAAAGCUUCCUCUACACCGGCUUCGCCGGCAGCAACCUCACCCUCGACGGCGCGGCCACCAUCACGCCGGCCGGCCUCGUCAAGCUCACCAACGAGACGUUCCGGAUCAAGGGCCACGCGUUCCACCCGGCGCCGGUGCGCUUCCGCGAGGCCCCCAACGGCACGGUGCGGUCCUUCUCCAUCUCCUUCGUGUUCGGCAUCCUCUCCUCAUUCGGCGACAUACGGGGCCAUGGCUUCGCCUUCUUCGUCGCCCCGAGCACCGACCUCUCCGCCGCCUUCCCCAUCCAGUUCCUGGGCCUUAUCAAUGCCACUAAUAAUGGAAGCACGAGCAACCACCUCUUCGCCGUCGAGCUCGACACCAUCCAAAACACCGAGUUCGGGGACAUCGACAACAACCAUGUCGGCAUCGACAUCAACAGCCUCAACUCGGUGAAAUCCAACACCGCCGGCUUCUACAGUGAUAGUAGGGGCGAUGGCAUGCUCACAAACAUGUCCCUUAUUGGCUCCGGGCCAAUACAAGUUUGGGUGGAAUACCAUGGGGAGUCCACACAGAUCAACGUGACCUUAGCACCCCUUGGUGUCACAAAACCAGUGAGGCCAUUACUCUCAACCACCUAUGACCUCUCACCGGUGCUCACAGACCAAGCCUACCUUGGCUUCUCAUCUUCAACAGGUUUAAGCACAGGCCAUCACUAUGUGCUUGGUUGGAGCUUUGGAAUGAACACCCCCGCUCCAUUUAUAGAUACCACCAAACUACCCGGGCUACCUUACCUUGGCCCAACACCUCAAUCCAAACUCCUAGAGAUAGUUCUGCCGAUAGCUUCCGCGUUGUUUGUGUUAGUUGUCGGCAUUCUAGGUGUUAUAAUGGUGAGGAGACAUAUUAGGUAUAAGGAGGUGCGUGAGGAUUGGGAGGUUGAGUACGGCCCUCACCGAUUCUCUUACAAGGAUCUGUUUCAUGCCACCAAGGGAUUUAAGGACAGGAAUUUGAUCGGCGUAGGCGGGUUCGGAAGGGUGUACAAAGGGGUUCUUCCGACAUCUAAAUCGGAGGUUGCUGUAAAGAGGGUAUCGUACGACUCGAAGCAGGGCAUAAAGGAAUUCGUCGCUGAAGUCGUAAGCAUUGGCUAUCUUCAACACCGUAAUAUCGUGCAAUUACUUGGAUAUUGCAGGCGGAAAGGUGAACUUCUCCUAGUAUAUGAUUACAUGGCGAAUGGAAGCCUCGACAACCACUUAUAUGGUCAAGAAGGAAAUGCUACUUUAGGCUGGGGGCAAAGAUUCCGGAUUAUCAAAGAGAUCGCGAUGGGUUUGCUCUACCUUCAUGAAGAAUGGGAAAAAGUCGUCCUCCAUCGGGAUGUCAAGGCAAGCAACGUGCUUCUUGACAAACAGAUGAAUGGAAGACUAGGAGAUUUCGGUCUCGCGAGGUUGUACGACCAUGGUACCGACCCGCAGACCACACAUGUUGUUGGCACAGUAGGAUACCUAGCUCCAGAGCUAGUACUCAGAGGUAAAGCAACCACUCUCACCGAUGUAUUUGCCUUUGGCAUCUUCAUUCUUGAGGUUACCUGUGGGCAAAGGCCUAUCAAGGAGGACCCACAAGGCAACCAGCUCGUCCUGGUCGAUUGGGUGCUUCAGAACUGGCACAAAGGAUCACUUCUUGAUGUAGUGGAUGCCAAUCUUCAAGGUAGCUAUGCCACCAGUGAGGUGUGCCUUGCGCUAAAACUAGGGCUCUUAUGCUCGCACCCAUUUCCCGAAGCAAGACCCAGCACGCGGCAAGCUAUGCAGUACCUUGACGGUGACAUGCCACUCCCGGAGCUGCUGCCGGCACACUUCAGCUUCCACAUGUUGGCCCUGAUGAAGAAUGAAGGCCAAGUUGACUCGUCCACAAUGUUGCCCUAUCCUUCGCCGAUGAUGACGAGCUUUGGCUCAAUAUCAGACUUCUCGAUACAUGGGAGGUGA